AUACUUACUCAAUGUUAAUUAUUUCAGAAUGACCCGUUGCUAUGUGACCUACCACCAGAGAUUACAUUAGAUGAGAUCAACUCACAGAUUGCUCUGGAAUAUGGUCAGGCUAUGGUUGUGAAUAUACGGAGAGCUGAUGAUCAAGUCAUGGCUGUCGUUGUCACCCAGAAUGCCACUGUGCUAGAUCUGAAGCAUGCAAUCAAGCGACACUUCCUGCUGAAACAGUCUAGAGAAGGUGGAAGAACACAUCUAAGCUGGAGAUACGUAUGGAAGAGACACUGGUUGUACUUUGAGGGACAGAAACUCACCGAGGAUAACAAGAAAUUAAAAGAGUACAACAUUAGAAAUAAAGAUGAAGUGACCUUUGUGAAAAGAUUGAAAGAAAGAUGAACUUAAUAAAAGUUAGCAGUGAACACUAAAACUUCAAAAUGUGAUGUUCUUGUGACAAGGGUGUGAACGUUGGACCUACAAAUCAAGAUUUCAUGUGAGAUGAAAAAGUCAUCUUCAAGCAGGACAAGAUGUAAACAAUUUACUGUCAGAUUUGAAGUCAUGAGAAAUGAAAGGUUCAUCCCUAUAAACAAUAUAACAGUUUCAUAUAAAAUGAAAAUUUGCCUUUAAAUCAGGAUGUCUUGAGAAGUGAAGUUCACUUUUAAGUUACCGCCAGUAUAUUUUAUACACUGAGAAAUUUGACUUUAAAUUUUGAUGUCAUAAGAAGUGAAAAAAUAGCUUUCAGGAAAAUUUAUGAGUUUAGUCAAAAUUACAGUGUUGUAAGAAAUGAAAAAUUUACCUUAAAGCAUCAUUAUGUUGAAAGACUUGAAGAAUUAACUCAAAUAAUGAAGAAUCUACCUUGAAAUCUACCUUGUCUAAAGUGAACAUUUACCUUCAAAUUAUACUGUUGAAAAUACUGAAAAAUUUGCCUUUAAGACACAACAAGAGGGCCAUGAUGGCCCUAUAUCGCUCACCUGUUAUCAUUGCACUUGGUUCAAAUCAAAUCAUAAAUGAAGCUGCUAUUGUGCAGACAAGGUCAAAAUAGCUAAUUCUGGCCCUUUCAGGGGCCAAAACUCUGGAACCCAUAAUGGAAUCUGGCCAGUUCAAGAAAGGAACCAAGAUCUUAUGGUGAUACAAGUGGUGUGCCAGUUUGGUAAAAAUAAAAUCAUAAAUAAAGCUGCUAUUGUGCAGACAAGGUCAAAAUAGCUAAUUUUGGCCCUUUCAGGGGCCAUAACUCUGGAACCCAUAAUGGAAUCUGGCCAGUUCAAGAAAGGAAACAAUGGUGAUACAAGUUGUGUGCAAGUUUGGUUCAGAUAAAAUCAUAAAUGAAACCACUAUCGUGCAGACAAGAAAUUGUUGACGGACGGACGCACGGACUGACGACGGACGAAUGGUGAUCACAAAAGCUCACCUUGUCACUAUGUGAUAGGUGAGCUUAAAAGUGACAAGUUAUUUUUGCAUGCUUGACAGGAUUUUUCUGUAUUCGCUAGUGCUUGCACCCAGGGUGUAAGGCAACUUAUUUGCUGUAAUUUAUUAAUGAAUGCAUACAUUCAUAUGCUAUUAUUUCAAAAUAAGAAAUGAUUAUUUAAAUAACUAAUAAUUCUAUCUUAUGUUGUUUUUGUAUUAUUAAUGAUAAAUGACAAUAUUAAAAGAUGAUCACUCUGAAGUUUCUAAAUUGUUACAUGUAAGUGUAAAGCAUGUAUAAGUAUGAUAUGACACAUUAUGUUUCGUUAAAUUGCGACUUUCU